AGACGACAUCCGUAAACAAGACCUUUCCGCAUCCCCGACGUUAUUUUUUCUCUCCUCGCCUAAAGCGGACGCGGAAGGACGAUGAAGCGAUUUCUCGGAUUCCUCCUCGCCUUCUCCCUCCUCGCAUCUCGGGCUUCCUCGCUGGGGAGAUGUCCUCCGCCCGAAGUCGGCAUCUGCAUCCACGGCUGUUCCACCGACGGAGACUGUCCGGAGGGUCUCCUCUGCUGCUUCAACGGGUGCGGGUAUCAGUGCAUGCAGCCAGAGCCGUGCUGUGACGAUGAGAAGUGUGCCGAGGGGGAGCAGUGCAUCCUGGCUCAUGUGGAUUGCGGCCUGCUGCCUGGUCAAUGUCCGGAAAUGCCCUUCUGCGUUCCUGACGAUGCCAUUACGUGCGCCAACGUGGACUGCCAGCCGGGCUACACGUGCAUCAUGCAGGAAGUGGAUUGCGUCAUGGCACCAUGCUAUCCUGUCCCUGACUGCAUCCCUGUAACAUACCCGUGACAUCAAAUAAAGAAUAGAUGAUCAUUA